GAGGCAACUCCAUCGGCAGCCGCCUCGUCUUCUGCUCCUGGAGAGGUACCCACUGGCAGCAGAGAAGUUCGCCAGAAGGCUAUGCCCAAGAAGAAGGCGAAGGUAUCUUCGGGUCCUGUGGUGGAUGAGGAAUCGCUUCGUCGUCUUAUUCAAGAGGACGAACUUCGAGAGGCACUCGGUACUCCGAAGAAGCUGGUGACACCGUGCACGGACGAGCUGAUGCAACCCAUCUUCAACAGGAGGAAGAGCUCAAGGAGGAACAAAAUGUACGCUCCCUACGGGGACGCACUGGUCAAGACGACACCGUUCAACAGCCUGCCGACUGACACGCGGAAGCUUCUGGGGGUAGAGUGUAAUUGGGCGUCGUGGCUUUGUCAUCCACUGAGUGGAUACGGCGUCCAUUUCUUCCUCAAGGCCAUCGAAUUGGGGAAAAUGCAGGGCAAUCUGCUGGUUGAGCUGAACUGGAAGGAGAAGGCCUAUACCGACGGCUACAAGUCUCCUUUCAUGUCAGGGAUGUCGGCUUCAGAAUUCCCGCGGGAAACGAUCCUCGGGAUAAGGACGGACUUCUCGACGCUGGUGUCUGCAAUUUCCCAGGCCUACGGCCCGGAUUUCUUUAGCUACAUUCAGAAACACGGGUACACUUUGUACGAUACCUCCCUCCGCGAGACUUGGAACGCACCGCUGGUUUUGGCCGCGCUCGAGAAGAAAGCUCAUGCGGACUUGAUCGCGUGUGAGAACCUCCGUGCCCAGCGUGCCAGGGAGAUUGAGGAGCUUUACACGCGACCCUACGAGGAGGUCGACGAGCCCAUGAACACAGCCGGCAGCUCCACUGAUGUGCCAGCGGACUCUCCCUUUGGAGAGAUGGCUGGUACAGCAAAACAGGAGUCUAUCAGUGCACCGAUGGAGACCGAUGCACCAGAAGGCUCUCCCUCUGGAGAGGUAUCUGGUGUCAAGGUCGGAACCGCUGAAGGCUCUUCCUUUGAAGAGGUAUCAGAGACCAAAGACAUGCACAUUGCUGGUGAGUCUGGCAAGCACGACACAGAUGAGGCCAUGGGAAGCUCAACCCCUGUUGAGGAACUCAUGCCGGACAUCAAUUCCUCUUCCUCCAAGGAUGCUUCAGAUGAGGAGCAACUUCGCGAUCAGGGCAUUUGGGGGAAGCAGAAGAAUGUCGUGGAGCCAGGGGCUUACGAAGCGGAGGCCAAGGCCGCAACCGAAGCAGAAGCCAAGAAUGAACAGGCUUUUGAAGAUAUGGCUGGUGCGAAGGAGAAGGAAGGACUGGUCGACACAGUCGAGCACCAGAACUUCAUUGAAGCCUAUCGCUUGGUUGAGCGUGUGAGCCUGCUCAUGCGACUCGCCGACCAGCAAAACGGCUAUGGCCAGACAGGUCUUUACCAUGACAACAUCCGUCUCGACGAUACCAACUCCUUUAAGGUCCAGCACAUGUAUUUCCGUGUUAAGGUCCACCAUCACUACCACAUGAAGUACAACUUCGCGGAGGAGGGCCUUAUGGAGCAGAUGUGCCGGAUGGAGCCGAUCUAUAAUCGUCGAUCGACUCGGAUGGAUGUCGUGUUCCGGGCAGGCGACUUUCGAAGUACUCUGGACGAUCGCGAGAUGGCCAGGGCAUCCCAUGCUCGAGAGGAAGCAUUGGAGUUAAACCAUAUGCCCCUCGAGAGGUUAAAGGAACUCAACCGAGAUCGCCGUUCUGCAGGCCGGGAGGAGUUGAUGAAUGCAAUGCUUCAUUACUUCAAGCAGCUGGCGUGGACGAUGAUGAACUCGGGGACCUCUCCCUUGAGAA